AUGCAGAAUACUGGUAAGAUAAAGUCGUGUACAUUUGAAUCUUUUGGAACCCGCUAAUAUUAGGGUUUAAAUUUUUAUUUUGACAGCACGGUAAGUUAUAAUUCCUUCUCAUUUCACACACACAUACACAUGCACACACACUAAGAAAAGAAGUACCUUUUUUGGGAGCUGUCAACGCAUUAUGGGUAAAGUUAAACUAAGUAAACACAAGUAUCCAAAUGGUCUGCUUUAAAUAAGAUUGGGGGACCUUACUUAAGGGUGUGUCAGACCAAAAACCAAGACACAGGAAUCUAUUAAAGAAAGGGAGCUUAGCUGUCUGUUUGUGUGCCUAAGAGAAUGGGAGGGGGUGUUGUGGUUUCUAAAUCAUUGGAAAUGGUGAGGCAGUAAGAUCGAGCCCCUGCUUCCUUUGAACGCCUCUAAGUUUGGUUUUUGGAAGCAAUAGAAUAAAACCUUCCUCUUAAGGACAAAAUCAUAGAAUAACAGACUUCUAGUGUUAGCUCAUCAUAGAAGACAAGAGUAAUACAUACAAAAAACCCACAAAUUAUUUCAAGCAAAAGAAACAAAGAAAGCAGACAUAUAAACUUCAGAAUUCUAACCUACAUGGCUCCAAGAAGAAGUAGUUGUUCUUCAUUUAUUGUCAAAUUUGUUGUUUCCCUCCUCAUUGUCGCUUCCAUUCUUAGCCCCGCGCUCUCGUUGCCAAACAACCAAACGUUCGAGCCGGAAAAAGAGCUGCAGAAAUUAAGAAGAAUCAGAGCUCAUCUCAAGAAAAUCAACAAACCUGCUGUCAAGACUAUUAAGAGUUCUGACGGUGACUUGAUAGACUGCGUUCCAUCUCAUCUUCAACCAGCUUUCGAUCAUCCUGAGCUCAAGGGGCAAAAGCCACUGGAUCCACCAGAUAGGCCAAAGGGUAUUGACUCUGUUGAUGAAGUAACACACAGCAUUCAGCAAUGGACAGAAUCUGGAGAAUCAUGCCCAAAUGGAACUAUACCAAUCAGAAGAACUACAGAAGAGGAUAUCUUGAGAGCCAGUAAAUUUGGAAGAUUUGGAAGAAAGCCUAGAAGAAUUGUGAGGCGAGAUUCGGAUGGUAGUGGUCAUGAGCACGCGGUGGCAUUCGUUAAUGGACAACAGUUUUAUGGUGCUAAAGCCAGUAUGAAUGUUUGGACACCUCAAGUUACUAAUCCAUACGAGUUUAGCUUGUCUCAACUAUGGAUCAUCUCUGGUUCAUUUGGCAAUGACCUUAAUACCAUAGAAGCAGGCUGGCAGAUAAAUCCAGCUUUAUAUGGUGAUAAAUACCCGAGGUUCUUCACGUACUGGACGACGGAUGCAUACCAGGCCACUGGAUGCUACAACCUGUUGUGUUCAGGCUUUGUUCAGACUAACUCCAAGAUCGCCAUCGGAGCAGCUAUUUCCCCAAGAUCAUCCUUCAAGGGUAGACAAUUCGACAUUAGUAUCACAGUUUGGAAGGACCCUAAGCAUGGACACUGGUGGCUUGAACUUGGAUCAGGGCAACUAAUCGGGUACUGGCCGGCAUUUUUGUUUAGCCACUUAAGGAUGCAUGCCAACAUGAUUCAGUUUGGUGGAGAAAUUGUUAAUAGCAGAUCCUCAGGUUUCCAUACAUCCACUCAAAUGGGUAGUGGCCAUUUUGCAGAUGAAGGGUUCACAAAGGCAGCAUAUUUUCGUAAUUUACAACUAGUUGAUUGGGAUAAUAACUUGAUCCCUUUGUCAAAUCUUCGACUCCUGGCUGAUCAUCCUAAUUGCUACAAUAUAAGACAAGGAAGAAAUAAUGUAUGGGGUAAUUACUUCUAUUAUGGAGGACCUGGUAGAAAUGUAAGAUGUCCUUAAAAAAAAAAUAGAGAACUGUGAUUUUGAUUGUUAUUUUUCCUCCUCAUGCCUUCACUCAAGUUAGGUUAUAAGUAUCAAUAUUUUAGAAGAUUAUUACUUCUCCAACAAUGAAUUGUUCAAUGAAAACCACUGUAUAUCUGAAAAAUACAAGUUGUUUAUAGAUAAUAUAGUCCAUUGUGUUGUGUUC